AUGGAAGGUGGUCCAACACUGUAUUUUGUUCUCAAUUCGCCGAUGUAUUUCGCUACUUAUUCGCGAAAGUUGACGUUAAGAAUGUUUCUUUAUUUCCAUGCAAAACUCAUUACACUGACAUUUCUUCUGAUAUUGGCGAUUAUAGGAGGAUUAAUGUUUAUGUUUGGAGUAUUUGGGGAGAAAACUACAACAGUCGAUGUUUAUCAUCAAGACACGGAUCUGAUUAUUCGCCGUUGUCCAAAGUUGAAGAUUAAUUCGGCUAUUUACCAAUCAAAUUUCUACAAUCCGGCAGAGUGUCAAAAAGACGUUACUUCUCGUGUACAACAACUAUGCGAGAAUAAAACGAACGAUCAAUGUAGCUUUACUGUAACCAAUGAGAUGUUUCAGAGUGAAAGAUGUUUAAAACGUUACUCAAAACAAUUGGUCGUCAAUUAUACAUGCAAGUAUCGAACGAGAAAUAACAGACGAAGAUGCACACUUUGUGCAACAUCAAGUCAUACUCGAAGCUGCCAGAGUUGUACGGGUGUGGAAAAGUAUGAAAACGAGCAGAAAUGUAGUAUAUCAUGCGAGUGUCGAACGAUAGGUGGGGAUUUUCAAACAAGCAAUGCUACAUGGUACAAUAACUGUGAGUUAUGGAAUAGCAAUGGUGAAUUAAAGUGUGCAUCUGACUUGAAAGAUCGAUGUCCUGACAAGACAAUAAUGCACAACAUGAAUUUUAUAAACAAUUGUACGUGUAACGGUGUUUUAUUGUUAGAUGGAUUUGAUUAUCCAGGUAGAGAUAUCUACGAAAUUGGAAAUAUAUCCCUACAACAGUGUUUUGAUAAUUGUACAAAAACAUCAAACUGUAUUGGCUUUGCAUUUGACCCCUUUGGUUCACAAUGCUGGACAAAAUGGAAGUUGGAAAACUUGCGGUACCCUACAGAUUAUAUAAGAACCACUGGUAUCGUCAUUGAAAGACUUGGUUUCGAUAUGAUCAGGAAUAAUUCAAAUGGUGAUAUUCCAACUCAGCAAUCAUCUCGUUCAAUAAAGACAGUCUAUAUUAAAGAAGGUGAAGAAUAUCAUGGUCAAGUUAAUGCAUCUGGCUCACUCGUCGGAUAUGGUUUAUAUUUGUGGAAGAAUGGUGAUAUGUAUUUGGGCCAAUUUACAAGUGGUGUUCAGACUGGAAGGGGUACAAUGGUUUACAAUGAUAAAAACAAAUAUGUUGGAGACUUUGUAGAUGGCGAUCGACAUGGCAAUGGUACGAUGAUUUGGGCGAACAAUGAUAAAUAUGAUGGAAAUUGGGUGAAUGGAAAUAUUGAAGGCAAUGGCACAAAAAUCUGGUCGAAUGGUGAUGAGUAUGAAGGGCAAUGGGAAGAUGAUAUGCGAAAUGGAUAUGGCGUCUUUAAAGAAUCAAAUGGUGAUACAUACCGAGGAAAUUGGGUAAAUGAUCGUAAACAAGGCAGAGGAACAAUGACAUAUUCCAAUGGGAGCAUUUUAGAAACAACUUGGGCAGCUGACGAUCCAUAUCCGAUGUCUCACUAA